CCGCAUUGAGAGUGUGUAUCUCUCUCGGUCCUCUGUCCUAAAUCUUACAGCUCUCUUAGACCGAAAUAUAGUUUCAUUUCCACGCAUUGUUCAGGAAUAACAGAGAAGGAGGAGGAGGAAAUAACCGAGUCCCGGUUUGUGGACAUACAGGUCUCUGAACGCUGCGGUAACAUGGAUGCGAAAGCGCACGCGCCUGGGCCCGGAUCCGUUACAGAAAACGCACACAAGCGCAAAUCCCGCAGCAGAAGAGGCAGGAGGAGGAGGGGGAAGAGACGGAGGGGCAAAAAAGCCAACGAGCCGCCGCCGUUUCUGCCCCCUGAGGCCGAGGAGGGAAAUAUUGAGUACAAGCUGAAGCUGGUGAACCCAACGCAGUACCGUUUUGAGCACUUGGCCACGCAGCUGAAGUGGCGGCUGCAGGAGGGCCGAGGGGAGGCCGUCUACCAGAUUGGCGUCGAGGACAACGGCCUGCUGGUGGGUCUCACCGAUAACGACAUGAAGGCCUCCAUAAAUACCCUGCGCCGGAUGGCUGAGAAGGUCGGCGCUGAUAUAACACUCCUGAGAGAGCGGGAAGUGGAUUAUGAGUCGGACAAACCCCGGAAAAUCGCAGAGGUCCUUGUGAGGAAAGUUCCGGAUAACCAGCAGUUUCUGGACCUGCGUGUCGCCGUGCUGGGGAACGUCGACUCGGGGAAGUCCACUCUCCUGGGCGUCCUGACGCAGGGCGAGCUGGAUAAUGGACGAGGCCGAGCUCGUCUCAACCUGUUCCGGCACCUGCACGAAAUCCAGACAGGCCGCACGUCCAGCAUCAGCUUCGAGAUCCUCGGUUUUAACAGCAAAGGAGAGGUGGUGAAUUACAGCGAGUCACGCACGGCGGAGGAGAUCUGCGAGAGCUCGUCGAAGAUGAUCACCUUCAUCGACCUGGCCGGCCACCACAAAUACUUAAAGACCACCAUCUUCGGCCUGACCAGCUACUGCCCUGAUUUCGCCAUGUUGGUCGUGGGCGCAAACACGGGCAUCGCGGGCACUACGCGGGAGCACCUGGGUCUGGCUCUGGCGCUGAAGGUGCCCGUGUUCGUGGUGGUCAGUAAGGUGGACGUGUGUGUGGGCGGAGCUGUACAGAAGACCGUGCGGCAGUUAGAGAGGCUGCUCAAGCUGCCCGGCUGCAACAAGGUUCCCAUGCUGAUCUCCAACCGUGAUGACGCCGUCACCGCCGCCCAGCGCUUCGCCCAGUCCUCCAGCAUCACGCCGAUCUUCACGCUGUCGAGUGUUUCCGGGGAGAAUCUGGAUCUGCUGAAGGUUUUCUUCAACAUCUUGCCCCCGCUCAGCAACAGCAAAGAGCAGGAGGAGCUCAUGCAGCAGCUCACCGAGUUCCAGGUUGAUGAGAUCUACAGUGUGCCUGAUGUAGGAACAGUCGUCGGAGGAACACUCUACAGCGGUGUGUGUCGCGAGGGAGACCGCUUGGUAGUGGGGCCUACAGACGAGGGGAAGUUCUUGCGGUUGAAGGUGUGCAGCAUGCAGAGGAACCGUUCGGCCUGCAGGGUUCUCCGAGCCGGGCAGGCGGCCACGCUGGCGCUCGGCAACUUCGACCGCUCGCUACUGCGCAAGGGCAUGGUGAUGGUGAGUCCGAAGAUGAACCCCACCAUCUGCUGGCAGUUUGAGGCGGCCAUCGUGCUGCUGUUCCACGCCAAGACGUUCCGCGGUGGCUUCCAGGUCACAGUCCAUGUCGGGAACGUUCGGCAGACGGCCACGGUGGAGUGUUUACUCGGCAAGGAGGAGCUGCGCACCGGCGAGAGGGCUGUAGUAUGCUUCCGCUUCCUGAAGCACCCCGAAUACCUUCACAUCGGAGCAAAGCUGCUGUUCCGAGAGGGCGUGACCAAGGGUAUCGGUCAUGUGACCCACUUGGUGCCGUCUGGUCAGAACAGCGCACAUGACCAGAACCACAAACCACACCAGAACCACAACUAGAGCGUGAGAGAGAACGUGAGAGAGAGAGCACUAUGUGGGGAGGCGUCUCGAUAUAAACAUUUACAUGACACCUAUUUAAACAGCGUCUACUCUGAUGUCAGCCAAUAGGAGGAGGCUUGGGGCGGGGAUUACAAACACGCUUACGACAAACCAAACCCACAAUUUUCUAACGCUAAAACUUCCUAGUGAACUCACGCCCCGGCUUACUCGCUCCCAAUUGGCCGACAGGCGCCUGUUUGCGAUUUUCUUAUAUCGGAACGUCUCUAAUGCGGACGUGGCGAAAUAUUUCAGUCUAAUCGUAUGCUAAUCUAAAGGGAUACUAUGUAAAACAACAACAACAACAACAACAAAAAAAAAACGCUGAAAUGUAACCGUGACGACGAGCUUAAAUUACGGUUUUGGCUGUAGGUGCGCAUUUAGUCUUGGCUCCUGCCG